GCUAGUAAACUGGAGAUGAGAAGGGUGUUGUUGUUUGUGGUGGUGGUGGGUGCUAGUGGAGAGUGUGUGUGGGUCUGUGUGUGAGUUGACUUUACACCUGCUUGGCUGCCUCUGCUUGGACCAUGGAGUUUAGAUGUCUCCUCUUUGUUCUUAUUUCUUCUUCAGCGAUGCUCAUCACUCAAUCUGACACGACCACUAAAGACCCUGACUGGAGUGAUAUCGUUGUGACAAUGGUUGGCAGGGAAGUUACCUUACCCUGUGUUGAUUGGCCUCUCACCGGUUCUGUGAGCAUUAAUUGGAAGAUGAAGUCUCCUAGCGUGGACCACUGGAAACUGGUCCUCUCGGCCAAUGAGAGGCAGCAGUUCUCGGGGGCAGCCUCAAAGGCUUCCAUGCGAUUGGUUGACUCAAACUUUCAGGAAACUGGGGACUUCUCUCUGCUGUUCAUCCCCAAAAUGGAGGACAAGGGUCGCUACUCCUGUCUGAUUAUACAGCAACAGAAGAAACUGAGAGAGAAGAUCAUACUAUUAGCCGUCCUCACAGUCUCUAUCUUUCCUUCAGCCACUCUCCCUCAGCACAGCACACUGCGUCUGAUGGCAGAAGUGUCCCCCGCCUCCGCCGUUUCCGAGGUAACCUGGCUGUCCCCUGGCGGAACGCCCCUACGAUUGGCAAGGAGGUCAGAGGGGGGUUUUGCCAAGCUGCCCCAGAUACGCCUCACUGACCAGGGGGUAUACAUCUGCCAGGUGUACCCAAGGGGUAACAGCAGCUCCCCUAUGUUCCCCUUCACUGUGGACCUCCGCGUGGAUGGUAUGAAUGUGGCCUCGUUCACCAAUAUAAGCCAUAGUGCUCAGAUCUCUAUGGCCAGUCUCACCCAGACCCCUCUCACCCUCGCCUGCCCUCCGAUGCGGGGCGACUAUGUCCUGCUCUAUUGGAAGCCCCCAGACAGCAGAAACAUCAACACCACAACCCUGGUCUACGGGUACGACCGCUGGAGGGACCGCACAGAGCAGAGCAAGACUCAUGCCCAGCUGAGCCUGGACGGGCCAUUGUCUACCCCAAAAGAGGGUUUCUUCUCCUUCCUGCUGAGCCCAGGGCUGAACGACGGAGGCCUCUACAUGUGUGAGGUCUUCCUCAAUGACAACGUGUUCAGCCAGAGGACCCUGCUUAGCAUCCUCCAAGUGAAAGCCAGACACUCUCCAUCAGCCCUGGUCCUGACGUGUCAGUAUACAGAGCGCUCCCAGGUGAAGCAGGUGGUGUGGAGCCACCAGAACCAGAGUCGCACGCUGAAGUGGAGCUCCUCUGGCCCGGGUCGCCUCAGCACCGAGGUCCCCCUGUCCCCCACCCAGGACACGGCUGGGAACUACACCUGCACCAUGCUACUGCGGAACGGACAGGCGGUCAAGGCUGUUUACACCGUCAAACUGCCCCCGAAAGAGAGCACUACUUCUAUCUCUCUUCCUCACCCAGAGAGCAAUAGUGCCUCGCUCCUUCCCUUCCUCUCUGCUUCAUUGCUCCUGGUGCCCCUGGUUGCCGCGGUUGCUGGUGUGUUGCUAUGGAGACAGAAAGACAUUUCUCGCCGCGGUAUUGAACAGUCUCUCUCCCACUACUCCGGGGAAGUGGAAAAUAUCUAUGAGAAUCCUGAGGAUAUCAGACAGACUUCCCCCCAGGGUUCAGUGUACAUGGACCUGAAGCCCAGAGUGGAGGAUGAUGUCUAUGAGAAAUUGGAUCGAUACAAAUCAUGCAGCUUUCUGGAGACCUCCACAUCUCAGGAUUUAUCAGCAAAAGCUUGAAGCAAUAUUAUCUCACCUCUGUUCAGUAUAUGGACAUUUACAGUGCCUUGACUUUUUUCACAUUUUGUUGUGUUACAGCCUAAAUGGAAUGCGUUGAGAUUUUAUGUCACUAGCCAACACACAAUACCUGAUAAUGUCAAUGUGGAAUUAUGUUUUUUGACAUUUUUACAAAUUCAUUGAAAAUGUCAAGCUGAAAUGUCUUAAGUAAAUAAGUAUUCAACCCCUUUGUUAUGACAAGUCACAUAAGUUGCAUGGACUCACUCUCUGUGCAAUGAUUUUGAAUGACUAUCUCAUCUCUCUACCCCACACAUACAAUUACUAUAUCUGUAAGGUCCCUCAGUCGAGCAGUGAAUUUGAAAUACAGAUUCAACCACAAAGACCAGGGAUGUUUUCCAAUGCCUCGCAAAGAAGAGUGCCUAUUGGUAGAUGGGUAAACAUUUUAAAAAGCAGGCAUUGAAUAUCGCUUUGAGGAUGGUGAAGUUAUUAAUUACAC